AUGCGUGUCGCAGUCCUUGUCUUCACUUGUUUGGUCCUGACUGCGGGAUUUAUUCAGGCCCAGGACAUCGUUCCGAACCUGAAGGAUGAAACAAAUCUCAUGAGCUCAGAAUACGAUGUUGUUGUCUUAAUUAAUGAUAACAUUGAAGGACUAGGAGGUGCUCUCACAGACAUUGAAAAUGAGCUAAAACAGUAUAAAAUGGUAAGUUAUUUUUUGAAACUGAAUGUCCUUGUCUCUCGCACUUAAACAUCUUUCUGCUCGUUUUUACGCAUCAUGCCGGCCACUGGCAUACGGUGCGUUGCAGAUGCCUCAGAAAUCUGCCUCGUUAUGAACAUAUAUUCAUGCUCUUAUCACUUUGUGGUAUUGUGGCGGAUACCGUUCCUUGACACCAUCUGCUUAUUGACGACUUUUGUAGUUAAAGGUUAUAAUUUUGUUCAUGAAUGCCCCGUUUCUGAUGCAGCUGUUGUGUUCUCAAGUUUUUGUGAUAGGCAUUACACAUGCCAAGUAGUAGAACGGCUGUUUUUUGGACGACUCCAGUCAGUCCUUCUCCUGCUGUUUAAAUACAUCCUAGUCGAAAGACGGGGACUUAAACCUGGUAAAAAGGAGGUCAGAUAAAUUGUGUAUAUCUGCGGGGUAGUCAUCCGAUGUUUGCCAUACUGAUUGCUCAUGAAAUCCUGCUUGGACAGUCAGCCUACUGUAGCAGAUUUGAUGAAUUGCACACGUUUUAGUAAACUGGCCGGCAGCUUGGUCCGAAAGUGCCUAAACCCACGACUCCCGGUGCGGCGCUUCGUAACUCAGGUGGUUCGAAAGUUUGCUGUAGUCAAAUCUUGCAUUUUUCUGUCGUGGUUUCGAAUCCAGUUGAGGCUGCCGAAUUCCUUGCAAAUGGGUCGGAUGAGUGAUGCAAAUCUGUCAUAAGCACUCAUAAAAGAUAAUUUUGCACUUUUAACUAUCUUCCUUGAUUCAGAACAUUAACAAUUUUUUUCAAUGACUAGUUGAACCAGAAACUUGGCUCGAAAACUGAAGUCGUCCCCUUCCUCAAACACCCUUCAAAGCGCCUGGUAAAUUAAUGAAAACUUUUUAAAAAAGACCUUUUACAUUGUUACCAUUUCACUAUUAUGUGGAUCAUUUUAAUCUAUUCAAGCGCGCGCUAUGCAUAUUUGCAUGUCAUCAACUUCUGUUCAUGUGUCAAAAUUUCCUCACAAAAGAUCAGCGCAUUCCGAAAGUUUUCUGCAAAAAUUAGGCACAGGAUUUUAAAUUUGUUCAUCUUUACUACUUAAACAUCUGACGCUUUUUCUAGAUUUACUCACCUACUGGAGCUCUUAAUCAGGAUACGACGGACAGUCGAUACUUGUACAACGCAGCUAGGAAGGCAAUUGAAUUGUAAGUUCGUAUUGAAUGAAAGAGUCAACGUUUUCUGUUCCUACUAGCAGCUCCUGAAAGUUUACUCUUGCAGCUCUAUGCUAGAGUUUCCGUUAGGAAUGUAUGGUCACUCUCAGUGAAACCGGUGGCUAUUAUAUUGAGUGGCCGAUCACAUGAAAUGUUUGCCAAAAUUCUGAAAUGCGUCUUCGACUGGGAAGGACUACUUAGAUGGAGUUAUAAUACUGAUUAUCAUACGGCACAGUCCCAUAAUAUUUCGGACUUGGCAGGAUGUCGGCUUUUGAAUGCACUUCUUUUCAAUCUCCUUUAGAAACCGUGCCUGGUAAAGAGUGACUACUUAAAUAGCGUGCAUUUUUCAAAUUGGUUUUCAAUGGUUUUAUAAACUCAAAUAUAUUUUAUAAAAAAACAUGAACAAAGAUAUUUUUCUUUCGCUCGUUUGACAGAGAAUCAUGUCAUCUUCGUACUUUACACUCGAAGAAUGAAUGUAAUAAGGUUUUAGAUACUUUCUAAUUAUGAGACUUUUUAAGACCGUACAAUGUCCAUUCAUACAGUAUCGUACCUGUCCGUUUACCGCUGCUCUUCAUGAAAUUUACAACAUAGUCCGCAUCCAUUGCAAAAUUUUAUGGACCCAAUAUGGUAUCUUUUUAAAGGCAUAAAAGAAUAUGUGAGUUUCCUCACGCGGAACGCACGCACCUUGUAGACUGAAAUAACUAGGUGCUAGUGCAACGACUGAUUAGGCUCCAAAUUAUUCGGGAAUCAGAAAACUUUUUAAAACCUAAUUUUACUCCUUCUUCGAGCGUAAAAUAUGAAGAUGACGCGAUUCUUUACCAAACGAACGAAAAAAUAUUUUUGUUUAUAUUUUUCAUAAAAUAUAUUUGAGUUUUUAGGACCAUCGAAAAUCGAUGCGAAAAAUGCAUCCUCUUUAAGUAGUCAUUCUUUACCAGGCACGGUUUCUACAGGGCAUUGAAAAGGGGUACAUUCAAUAACCUACAUCCCGCCAAGUUCGAAAUCUUAUAGGGCUGUGCCGUAUGACAAUCAGUAUUAAAACUCCAUCUAAGUAAUCCUUCCCAAUCGCAGACGCAUUUCAGAAUUUUGGCCGACAUUUUAUGUGGUCGUCCACUCACUGCAAGUCAUGCUGUCGAUCAGCCAGCUCAAAAUAGCAUAUCUUAAUCCCAAAAUAUUUUUCUCCUGAUGAAUUUAUUCGAUGGAAAUAAGCUCUUUCGUCCACCUCCCCAGCGCUGCUAACACAGGUUCAAGCAACUGGUAUCGAGAAACUCAAGUAAGGUUAUGCGAACGCUAUAAAGGUUUUAAAAUUUGCAUGAAGAAACCACUAAGCGAUCAUUUGAUACGGCCAUCUUACACUCCCGUGAGCUAAGAACACGUCGAAAUUAUGCUUCCAUUCAUUCAUAACAUUUGGAAAACCAAGAACGAUUGACAGUAAUGAUGUCUGUUGUAACCAAUCAAAACGUGAUGGUGGCUCGCAGUAAGUGUUCAAAAGCUCAGACGGCAGACAAUCACUGAUUUUUGUCCCCUGUAGCAAGUCAACAGCUCUGCUCUACAGCUGGCGACAAUUUGAGCAACCAGUGUCAAGAACUUUAUGGUCUUAAGUUACCCAGUCUUGGGAAAGUUUUUUCAAACUUAGAGUCCAAUUAGCUGCAAUGCCCGUUUUUAAAUAGAUAUGUAUGUGAAGAAAAAGAAGUGCUGAUCGGAUCGAGGAAAUUGUCUUACUGACGCUUCAAAGAGCUUGGCCGGAUCUCCAUUAUCAAAGCGGUUAGUGCAAAAAUCGAUCAGAAUUUUAAAAAGGCAGCCGAAUUAGUUAACCUUGGGCUGAUCGAUGUUUUUCUUCUUUCGUUGCUUUGGCCUACUGGCCGUCGUUUGUGAGUGUUGGUGGCCUCCUGUGUUGCGUGACGUCACCUCAAUCGGGCCUAGCUGCGUUUGUGCUUCCUCUUUUGGGUGAAUUAGUCGACGGGCUGUGUUUACUCGGUAUUCUUAAGCUCCGCGUGACGUUCUAUCCUUGAGGCGCCCCGGCCUAAGGCGGCUGUUCCUCGAAAGUCAAAACUGUGGCCAGUUUCUCCGAUGUGAGUCGCAAGCUGUGAGAUAGGGUCUAUGUUACUACUCCUUAGGAUUGAUAACUGAAGUGCUACUUCAGCGAACAGAACACGUGGCGUUCACCAAGUACCAACCGAAGUUCAGGGCUCGCUACGUCCCCGAGUUGCCAGUUGGUGCUCAUGUGGGCGGGUCUGCAAUUUCCGUUUGUGCUCAGAUGCCAACUCCGUCAACAGGCUUCUAGACCUUUCUGCGGCCUAUAAAGUCAUACAUCACUACAUACGCCAUGACUAGAGCAAGACAGUCAUGCGGAACCAUAAGAAUACCGAGCAAACACAGCCCUUCGACUAUUUCGCCCAAAAAGGAUAACUACUGGUUCAGCCACAACUGCCGCAUGUGAAUGGUCAACACUGUCCUCAGAUUUGUGCGAAGCUUUCACCUCGUAUUUUGAUGGUAGGGGGCGCUCACCGAUCGUUCUUACGGAACUCACUCGUUUCGUUGUGCCUCAUGGGCUCUCUCUCUCGAGGCCAACCAGCAGCCGCACAGCGGCGCAUGAUAUAGGCAGAAUGUCAUUACAGACAAAGGCAAGGGAGACUGUCUCCCUUGUUUUUGUCGGUAAUAACAUUCUACCUCUUAUUUUUUGGCUGCCAUUCACCAGAUUACGACCCACUCUCCUCUACCGGAGGAGUUAAUGACGGUUGUGGUUUAUGGGCAGUCACAACGUUGGGGCAUCUUUUUGUCCUGACUUUGUCCUCUCACGCAUCGACCAGCAAAAUCAUGCUGGAAUCCGCUUUUGAGGAAUAAUUCCAAAGGCCGCCUAGUUUCUGUCCGAUUAUUUCCUCUUCCAGAGUGGAGGUCUCAGCUUUAUUUAAUCUUUAGAUGGUAGAGCUUUGUUUGUUGGAAAUGGGGAGCAAUGAAAUCAGUCUCAGAAAUACAUACAAGGAGCGUUUCCUGCUGCUAAUGAACUUGGUCUUUUGCUAAGCCCGUUUCUUGAAGUGCAGUUUUUGAACUUCAUUUAUGCUCAACACUGCCUGAUGGGAAGAUUAUGUUGCAUAGCACGAUCGGUGAGGCCCCAUCUGCGAUUGUUAAUGUAUCCGACCGCAGCUGACAAGACAACGAACCUGUGGCUCAACGGCUAGAGCGUUGGACUUCUAACCAAUAGGACUCGGGUCCGAGUGCCAGAGAUUACAAAAUCUAAGGUUGGGCAUGGCCGGCUAAUAGGCCAGAAAUAGCCAUUCCAUUCCCUCUUGCCACUGUCGGUAAUCCUAUUCUGUACACAUUGUCAGUUAAAGCAAAAAUAAGUGUCCCCUGACAAAUUUAAGAAUGCAAGGCGAUCCUGAAGGUUCCGAUACAGACAAGCCGCACGUAGACCCCUUAGCUGCUUUUCUUCUUUUUUUUUAAAAGUGAUUUUAUUCCCGGAAAAAAACGUGAUUUCGCGAUAGAUCUCUAAUUACCCUGAAACCAACUCAAGUACAUAAACCAAAACAGGCAAAUAGUAUUGAACAACCCUGAGUUAGAAAAAAACAGAAAAAAGGAAUAUUGAAGGUUUUAUUAUGUUGGUAGAAGCAGUAAUUUUCUCAAGAAUAACGAAGGUGUCAAAAGCUCGAAUGCUCGUGCCAAAUGAGUGAAUCUAAUUUGUAGAAGUAUAUAAAGACUGUCUAUGCGAAGAGGUGAGAAAGUAAAACGGAAAAAGCAAAAUAACUUUCGAAAAACUUUUGAAUAGUUAGCAGUGCAAAUGUCCUUAAAUAACUAAUAUGUCAUAUAGUAUGGCAGCUCGUCACCAAAAUUCGGUGAUCUGAUUCCGUUCUCCAUUGAACGAAAUGAAGCUGGCUAAGGCAAAGAGGAUAGAGUUUGAUUUUGACUUCACAGGAAUAAGAGUGUCUAAAAAGUCUCAUGUGGGAGUGCAGUAGAUGAUCAAUAAAUUAAAAUAUAACUAACAGCUGCAAAUACAAACAUACCGUUUUAUGUACAUUGGGUGAAUGCUGUUUCUGUAAAUUUGCUAUGUUCUUUCAAGACGUCCUUAAAUACUUUGCGACUUUCAGAAUUUUCGACCGUGUCCGUAAAAAUGGAUUAUUAAGUGUGAACUUGUAAAAACCUCAAAAAUAAGAUAGUCUCUUGCAAGUGUUUACAUAUGCUGUGAGCAAUCUUGCCUUCUAUUCCAUGUGAGUAGGGUUUGUACCAAACUGUAGGUCCAUCUAAACAUGAAACUUAAUUGCCAGACGAAAUAAACGGACGAAGAGGAGGGUCAUGAUAAAUAAGCUCUGGGUCAAGUGAAAGCCCUUCUCUGAUAAAUUAUCCCUCUAAAGAGUGUCUUACUGGCGGAAUUUACGAUUAAUGUCUAUGUCCCUCGCCUUUUCAAGAGCAGAGUCAAAGAAAGCCUUCGAGUACUUUCUCCGAUUAUGCAAUACCUCGAAAAAUACUAAUGACCGUGUAGUGACAUUUAAGUCCGUUUUGUUUUAAUCAGUUACAAUACGCUUUGUCACAACUUUGAAUAAGAAAAAGAACACGCACGUACACUUUUACCUGCUGACGACUUUGUUCUUAUUUACUAGUUUGUAACUAUUGGGAGAUACUGCUAUUUUCUCUUACCGGAUAGCCUACUCGCUGUGCCCAACUAGUAGGUUUGUCUCUUACAACCUUUCUGUGACAGACGAAAAAACUUUCUAUCGUCUUUAGGCUGCAGUCGUUUUCUUCAUUUUUGCUUACUUUUAGACAUGGUUCUUAGAUUUUGAGUGGUUUACAAAUGCUCUCUUGAGCGGCUAUGCUAGUGCUGUAGUAAUUCUUAAACAGCUUAUGUUGUUCUGGGCCUUUUCCAAAACUCUUAUUAACAGGACUUAGACAGCGCAAACAAUACUCUGCCCAGUAGCCAAAAUAGCUGCACUAUAGGCCCCCUUUUCGCCUAUACUCAUGGAAUGUACGGGUGGGGUUAAACAAAGGUAACUCGUGGGCGUCUUGACUGGUUUUUCGACAAAACAUUGAAUAGAUUCGUAAAUGGAAAUUUUUCAAGAAUAAGGAACUUCUGUAUAUUUGAAAGUGGCGUGCCUAUUCACAUCUCGCCGCACUGGACUUAGGCAGGCUUACAAAGAACGUCUAGAGUUAGCGAAAAUUGUCUUGGCAAACAUUUCUUGUUCUGGACUGAUAACUUCGACCAGAGAGGCACACGCAGAUAUGCAGAUGUAGUCUAUGACAGUUGUCGACAUAGGAGAUGCAACGUUUUAUUUCGCCCACGAGUGCGAACGGUUUCACAGAGAAAAUAAUUUGGUAGAGGGGCGUUCAUCGAUCGUCCUUGCAGAACAUACUCGCUCCACUGUGCUUGACGGGCUCCCUCUCUCUUUCGAACCCAACCAGCAGCCGCACAGCGGCGCAUGAUAUAGGCAGAAUGAUAUUACCGGCAAAGACAAGGGAGGCUGGAAUGACCACUUCUGGCUUAUUAGCUGUCGUCAGCCAGUCAUAAUCGACCCCGAAGUGUGGAACACCUAGGGCUCGAACUCGCGACCUGUUAAUUAGAAGUCCAAUGCUUCUAACCACUGAACCACAGGCCCUUUGUCCUGCUGGUUUCGAUAGGAAAUAUAUAAAUCUGAAGUUUAAGCUUGGCAUUGUACAAGUCCCUUUUUGGUACGCGUAAAAUAUAACAUUUAAAAUGAAUGCUAUUUGAGAAACCUCGAACUAAUCAUUCGAAUUCCGCUUAUCGCGUUUGAGCAGUUUGGUCAACCCGAGACAUUCAUGCGGGCUUUAAGCAACAACAUAUAUACAGACAACGGUUACCGUACAUUGUUCCUCGACGCAACUAUGCUGCUUAGUUUUGUUUUUUAAUUUUGUCUUUCACCCAUUACGGUUUUUUCUGACUUUCACAGAGUUAUUAAACAGGGUCUGAGAAAACCUCUUUUGGUGCUGGGUCCAUUCGCGAGUGCUCCCCGCAACAACUCCCAAAUUGAGCACACUUGGCUACGAACUCCACACUCUACGCUGAUAGCCUUAUUGGGUGCCCUUCAAGCGUAUUAUGUGGUAAGUCUGUAUUCUACUCUGCCUUCAAAGAACCAUCCAAGAUGACUGUUUGCCUAAGCAGUCUUCAAUGAGGUUAUCAUACAGACCAUUUAGUUUUCGCUUCUGAUUCGUUGAUUUAUGUACUCGGAGGAGGUAACCCAUGUCUCACGUUUCUUCCGAAGGUCCUGGAUACCACACUACUCCCAUGUUAAAACGAAUGUUUAUGCAGUCCUCUCAUCAGAAAUAUCGCCAAAGUUAUUCUUUCUUCAAGAAUAACUUUUCUAAGAUUAAAUAGAUUCAGGGGUAAAAGCAAAAGUCAGGAAAGCAUGGUUUGCCAAUAAAAGUGAAGAGACGAGCCCCAGGACGCAGUCGCGAAGAAGAUGCAAUCGUUGGGACAAGAACUUUAUUCGCCUGACGGCUCGGAUUUCUGCUCGAACCUAUCACCCGUAGCUGCUGUUGUUUUUGAUGAUGGGUUCGAACAGGAAUCCGAAACGUCAGACCAAUAAAGCUCUUGCUCCAGCGAUCGUGCCUCCUUCUUCAUAACAUGGUUUGAUAGUAUUUAUAUAAGGAAUUCUUUUUCGAAAGGCAUCCACGAGUAGUGGCCGAUGUUUCAUUAUUUUUGACCCGCAAAAUGCCAAAUGCACCUCUCUUUUACGAAAGAUUUAAUUAUACUUCGAAAUACCCGGCUCUACUGCGCUUCAUCUUGCACUUUACGUGAGACUUCGAGCGGUCAGAAAUUUAGUAUUUACAAAUUACUGAUCGACAAAACUUCUUCUAAAUGGAUAAGCCCGAAAAACUACUACAAAUAUAAACGUAGUUUGGAAAUUUUUGAAAUUUGAACCUUUUCAAAGGACGUCAGAAAUUUAACCAAAAGCCUCUCAACUUUACAUUCACCCAUUUCUGCUAGUGUCUGUGACUAAAAACCCCCGACCUUUAAACUUCAUGGAGAAGAGGUCCCAGGCUGUUCAUUGUUACCGCUUUAGUUCGCCCUCAGUGAACCAGAAAAUUGUUUUAUAUUUCAUUUUUUUCUUGACAUCUGGAGCGCCAUUACGUGUUUUAUUGGUAUGUUAUUUGCCUCUGGAAGAACAGACAUGAUUUUUUUAGCGGAGUGCUUAUUCUUGUUUUUAGCCUCUCACGACGCGACAGCUCCGAAAGGACUCGUUCCCGAAAUACGACCUUUUGGGCUUCUUCAAUGGAACCGAGAAUAUCGUUAAGAUUGCUGCAAAGAUUGAAACUGCACGAUAUGUCACAAGAGACAUCUGUGGCACAGACGAGGAGCGAAUGACGGCCAUAGCAGCUUACGACUACAUAAAAGAUGCCUUCAAAAACUCAAAAGUAACAGUCGGACAUGUUGAUAUUAAUCCGGAUAUUUACCGCAUGAUUGCUUCUGUCAACCGUGCUGUAAACAGUAAGUCGAUUUUUUACAAUUUAGGCGAUUACUAUGUUUUGCGAUAUUUUGGACUUAGUUUUUUCCUGGUUAUCCUGACGUAAAACACAAAUUAACCAAGCGCUAGCGUGAGUCGAGAGCUGCUUGAGUCAUGGGUUAUUGCCCCCCGGUCUAUUAAAGGGCGCAACGACCUCCUCCUUCCAUAUUCACCUGCUGAGGCUUCGCCUAGGCGGAGUAAUUAACUAUGCGGGAGCGCACAGACGAACAAUGUUCUCAACGCCAGUGUCCAUGGAUUAGAUGAUCGAGCAAUCAUCAGACCGACAGUUCGGCUGUCAUUUUCGACGAUUUCCACCGUGUGCUCCACAACAAGGUGAGAGCAGGGACGGUGACUUGUACGUGAAUUAGUUUAUAGUGAUAAUAGACAUGUUGAGAUCAGGCGUAGAGAUAGUAAGUACUCUGGGUGCUACCAUUAUCGGAUCGGAUCCCCAGCUGUAGGGAGAAGAAAAAAGGGACCAGAAUGAGGGGUUUAUUGUGCACAGAACCCGGAGUUGUCCUCUCAGGCGGCAGUGGCCACUGGCGAAGCCAGGACUGGUGUUGACUGCGUCUAGUCAGGCCUGAGAUAGUGGUGGCAGCCGCUCUUGUAGGCUCGUGGGCCAAGCUCAAGUGGUGUCCAGUCAGUGUGUUGCAUUUGUUGAGGGGUGGUGUCCCAGUGGCCUGUUUUGCGGGUUUCAGGGGUUGGCGCGUUCAAGUGGCCGCAUGGGCAGCUGUGACUGCGCGGGCGGACGCAGGUAUGCCCGAGCUGUUGGUCGUGUGACUUCGGGUCGGCUCGUCUGGGACGGCUCGCUGCAAGGGGUGAAUGACCUUGAGGCAGCGAAGCCUUGAACAAUGACGCCAGACCAGUCACGAUGGCUGGCCACUACAGACUUGCAUGGCCUCUACACCACUCUCUCCUCCUCCACCUGGACCCGGUGUAAAGACUGAGUCACGAAGACCGGAGGCGGGGGAGGGCGCAGGUGGAUGGCACGGCUGGACCCGCAUCUUGGCGUCCCACUCCACACCCCUGGUCCACAACAUACACUUGACCGGGAUUUGUCACCAACACCAAAAACCCGACAGGGGUCAGAAUGCGACGAGGAUGAUGACUGGACAGCCAUGCCCACAGCCUGGUACCCAGCGGGAGCGCAAGCGCAUCAACCGGCAUGGAACCAGGUGUCAGGGAACUGUCAGCCCAUACCAGGCUGCGAGGGCCAUUGUUUGCUGAUGCUGGCAUAGACCUUACUGGCUUUCAGACAUUUUGACCAAUCAUCACAUUAACACCCAACAUCCGUGGUGAAAUCGCAAUGACUGACGACGCGAAUGUCGGUCAAAGAACGGUCAGCAUAUUAAGUCCAACAAUCCCAAAUGAUGGGGGGAGCCGGGAAUCUUCAUAAGUAUGCGGUAACAGGGCAAGUAAAUCCUAUAAGCAAUGCAGCCCCGUCUCUGCUACUGUCUCUGAUGAUGGUUUCGAGCAGGAAUCUGAAGGGUCAGACGAAUAAAGCUCUUGUUCCAGCGAUUGUACCUUCUUUCCGAUUUCUUCCUGGAACUCUCCUCUUCGUCCCUAUUAGCAAUCGAUGCCGCUCACUCUUCACGAGAAUAAACUGCACCUCACUUUCACUGCCGUCGCUAAAACUUGCAUAUGAGUUAGAUUUCCAGCGGUAAACUACUAUUUUUUCUGUCUGUGUUAUGGGUUUGUCAAACUCCGUCUUCUCACUGACUAUGUUCCACCAAGUAACUAGCUGUACUCUGUAUCCAUUAGCUGUUUAAACUAGGAUAAAACCGAUCCGCGCUAGAAAACCUUCAUAUUUUCUCAGAGGCUGGUUUGAAGGCUGAUAUUUUCUCAAAAUUUGUGUAACUGCUCACAUAUUUAUCGGCCUUAUGCCUGUUUAAUUGCAUUAUUUUUGGUUUUGCGAACUAGUUGGAUUACAAACUGACCCUAAUUUUCGGCUUACAGUCAUACUCUGGAUAUUUAAUAAAAAUAACUUUUACUUAACUGAUUUCAGUAAAAUAAUAAAACACAGUUGGCCGGACGCGUCUUGUUGAAACGGGCAUCUAUCUGUGCAUACAUCGCAUCUUUUGAUUCUGUGAACAAGGAUGAUUUAGCCCUGGAUAUAUAUAACUGAGUUGUAUUUCAGCUUCGAACUGAAACCUUAGAACAUUAAAUACGCGAGUAGUCGUGUAUUAUGCGUUCUUCUAUACACCGGACUAGAGUAUCCAGUCGGUGCGAAUUUAUUUUCCCAUCAGAAAUAUUGGACUUACAAUCAUCGGAUAUGAAAGAUUAAAGUUCGGAAUUUGGGUGCGUAAGAUCGGAUGGAUUUAAGAAGACUUCGAGUAAACCACUUAGGCCUCGAGGCGUUAAGAGUUACUUUACAAUUAUUUUGAAAUUGCUUUUUUGUCCAAACGAAUGAUAAUUGUCCCCAGGCACGCUGUUAGCUAAGAAAAUAGGGUUUAUCUCAUCUGAAAAUAAGCAUUCACAGAAAAUCCGGCAAAACAACCGAAGGCGCUUUGCUACCACCUCUACAAUGUCCAACACGUGCAAUUAUGUUUAUCUUGUGCCACCAUUAAGACACCAAAUACGAUGCUCGCUACGUCACCCUGGAAUACCGUUCUCCAACUGAGACUGCGGUGGACAAAGAACUCUACUUCGUCGGCAAGGGCAUCACCUUCGACACCGGCGGCGCAAGUAUUAAGACAGGCGGAAACAUGCUCUUCAUGCAUAACGACAAGUGCGGAGCGGCCAGUGUUGCCGGUUUCUUCAAGGCUCUGGAUCUGUUAGAGCCGAAAAAGUUGAACGCUCACGGCAAAAUGGCUUUCGUGCGCAACGGCCUUGGCGCGGACAUGUACCUUGUGGAUGAAAUCAUUAAAUCCAAGGCGGGCAUCCGUAGUCGUAUCGGAAGCACUGAUGCCGAGGGUCGCAACGUCAUGGUGGACCUCAUCACAGACUGCAUAGAAGAUGUAAGUUUUUGUUUCCCCUCCCCGUAAACUUAAAGGGCUGAGGAGAAAGUGAUAUGAGAGUGGUUAAGAGAAAGGACCGGGGAUCAGAGAAACGACUCUGUCUCGAAUUCCUCAUUACACCCUUCUGAUAUGUCAAAAUGUGCAAUCUUUAGGGACAGUUUGUCAUUCACAUAGGUGGUUUUUUCAAUCUUGAGCGCACUUAAUGACAAAAAGGGUGCCUGAAACAUCCCUUGCAACUGUAACCAACGCAGGUGGAAGGCUUAGGAGUCUGUUUCUGUCAACCGAUUUCAAUCACACACACAGUUAAACAUUUCUGAACUCACGAGAAUCCUUGUUAUGCAUUGUUUCAGGUUGUUGGGAAUGUUAUCAUACAUAGGUUGCCGAUAGUUCGAUAGAUUUUUUUUCCUUUCACUUUUAAUACAAUGGAAUAAGAAUAGCUUAAGUCAUGAACAGCACGAUGGGGCAGCCCUACAUGAUCAUCGUGAUGUAAGAUGCUUGUUUGUUGGAAUCUUUUCAAACAGGUCGAUUGGGAGAAGGGACCACACGAAGUUCCCGCCUUACCGAUCAGACCCCACACGUCUGGACUUUGUAUUGAGGCCCUUAAAAAUAAAGUCUGCCCUAAAAAAUCAACAAUGUCGCCAUUAAACAAUGAUCACACUGUUUUAAAAUAGCAGGAGGACGUGGGCCACAGCGGACAGCAGUUUGAAAACAAACUUUGACAAAACAAAUUAAUAAUGGCUGAAACUUAUAUUGAAUUUUGAACAGGAAAAGCACCAUAAGAAACAGUGGAUCCAUGAUAAUUAAAGGCCUGUACACUUUUCGGUUUAUAACCUCCGCAAAAAUUACCAAAAUAAAUCGGAGAAAAUCAGCAGAAAUGAAGCGUUUUAGGCUCGGUCCGAAAGGUACUAUGAAUAUUUGAGCAGAAAUACAUCAGCUUCAGCAGCAUAACCGCUCAAUAUUUAUGGAUAACCAACGGACCUUGCGGAAGCGAAUGUAAGAUUUGGUGAACAUGUUUGAUUUUUUUCUUAAAAUAAGCUAACUGUCGAAUUCAAAAUCUAGAUUAAAAAUCUGACAGCGAAGGAUGCUCGAAAGAAAGCCCAUAUACUCACAGUUGCUACCCUCACAGGACACGUUGGUCUGGCCUUCGGCAAGUUGACGGUAAGUCAACCGUUUAAAUUUCCUUCCUUAACUGCAUCCUAGCCUGCAGAAAUUUUCGCUUUUGCUUCGAUGGCACCUCAUGGUAAAAUUGAAAAUGAGUAGAAAAUUGUGUCAACUGAAUUCUCGUAACUUACCGUAGUGUUUGUAAAUUGUAAAACCACCAAAAGUACGUAAUGUAUCCUUGCCUAACAAAGGCAGGGCGAAAUACCGUCUUUCAGAAAGUGAAUUAUGGCGUGCCUUCGAAUUCCAAAUUGCAGCGACGUAAGGCCGUCUGAAAACCACCCGCAAAACUUACUUCUCGGCAGUCACUCUAAUAAAAAUCUGCUUUGAUGCCGGCAUUUGAAAACGGAGUUAAGGCGUAGGCUGUUUGAUUUGGUAUAUUUCUCUGUAGUCUUCCGUAAGUGACCGUGAAUGUCUAGAGAAGAAGUUAAUAGUGCACUUUAAGUGGACUACUUUCUAUUUUUAUUCCUCGUCUAUUCGUAUUAGGACUUUAGUACUUCCUUGACCGAUAUUUGACAGUCAGUUUGCGAAUUUAAUUCGGAUGAAUGAAUUUUUUCCUGAUGCACCAUCAGUUUACGAAUUCAUAUGCAGUCUUCGAUGACUGAGAAAGGGUAAACAACUUUGUCAGAACUGAAUAUACACGCUGUCAAAGUACACAGUCUGGGUCUUUAUCAUGUUUUAACCUGAAACACCCGAUUCGGACGCAACUUGUCAGCAUGCUAUUCUACAUCUCGAGGAACGAGAGGCUUAGGAUUUUUAAAUUCGAGUGCCUGAAUAAGUCAGCAUUUGCGGAUGGCCGAGACCCCCUCAACCAGAGACCACCCUGGCUGUGUGACGCACGCCACCCUGACCGAAGGUUACACACUACAGGCCCUAACAGUUCUGUAGAGUCCAGUAGAGGGCAAAAUAUGAUGAAAGCAUGCUUUCUUCCUCACGAGGCCGAACAUCAUCAGUGGCGGAGGAGCUUGGCUUUGUUGAUGAGGAUGACAUUGUUGGGUGCAUUCGCCGUCCGGAAAUUGGUCUUGUGGUCGUAGUUAACUGUGAAAUGUUUCUAGUCUGUGGGAAUGACGUCUGCUGGUUCGUUCCAUAACUUCACAGUGAUCGUUUUGCAUCGAUUCCCCCGGAGGCCUCGGAGACGAUCAGUAAGUAGGGACCGUUUGCUCCAAGAUAGCGACCAUACACUCAUCUAUUGUAUUAUGGUCUGAACCGAAUGCCUGUGACCCUGACCUUCCUGGUUACCUGGAUUAGUUCCCUUCACAGUUCCUCUUUUGGCAUGAUGACCAGCUUGGUGACAGUGAUCGCCGAAUUUCAUGGGUAUCACGACUAUCUUGAAAACUAGUCUGUUUCUAUUUAUCCUGUGUUUAUGUUAUAGGCCGUUAUGGACAAUGGACCAGCCAGAAAGACUGGUGAAUCAUUCAAGCUGCGCGAUGGUGGCGCACUGAUCGCUGACAUCACCGAGGUGAGUAUUUAUGAUGCGAAAGCGUUCAUUUGUAGCUUUUGUGCGUAUCCGUUGUGAGCAAAUAAGAAAACAGUUUGUGUGAAAAAGGAAAUGCUAAGCGCUGAUACAAGAAUUGCUCUCUGCUAAAUUUUUCGAUCCUCAUUCGAAAGCAUAAUCAGAGACAGUGGCAGAUAAAAGUACAGUAUUUAUAGGAUGGAGCUCUCAUUUCGGCAGCUGCAUCUGCUGCUUCUUGGACAUCGGCAUUCCGAUUGCAUCGACCGACAAUUUAAUCCGCUGGUAGUUAAAUUCUACUUAUAAACUUUAAUUAAGGUAGAAUGUGGUUUGGUAGCCCCAUCUAGUGGACACAACACUGUUGGGGUUGGGGUUAAGGGUUUGGGGUUAGGGUAAGGGGUUAGCGUUUAGGAUUAGGUGGUAUAGUUAGAGGUUAGGGUUAGGCUUCGGGGUUGGCGCAACUAUUUCCCAACCAUUCAAAGUACAACCGCGCAUUCCCAAUAGCUUUUCUUUUGCAUACAACUACUUGACCUCGUUGCCCGUGUGUUCCAUGGCCUCACUUGUAAAAUCCCUAUUACCACCGGUCCCGUAUUAGAGGUGACUAGGGUUUGUUUACUUCAGGUGGUGCUACAUAACUUCAUUCGACCUUAAUUAAUAACUGUAGUGAAGAGUCCCUUGUAACUUCUAUCAAGUACUUACAGUUUUUCUCAGUGGUUUAGUUAUUUGUUUCUCAUGUAUGCCUGCGGACAACUAAAGGAUCCAAAAAUUUCCAUGAAGAAAUUCAGAAGACCAUUCGACGAAGACAGGCAGGUUUUUGGUGAAUUUUCAUAGGGAAAUAGGUGCAAAGUAAAACUUAUGAGCUAUAAGAGAAAUCGAUUACGGUUCGUCUUUUCACAAGAGUGGGGGCGUGGAACAGGUGGCAGAGAGGAGGCAGAAUGUGUCAGUGAUGGCAGAAGCGACUGCCAUUAGGCUACGGAGGCCGGUCCCAUGCGCGCAGAAGAACCACCCCCACGCUCAGCGUCUACCGUGGCCAAAGAUCGAUUAAUUGCAGGCAUGUCUCCGCGCCCCCGUUCCUCCCCUCCCUCUGGGACACGGCUUCACCUAACCUUCACUGCCACUUAUUGCCUCCUCCCCCCUCCCAUUCACACACCCCGCUUGUAUGAAAAGACGAAUAGUAAUCGAUUUCUUUCGUCCCUCACAUCUUUUACUUUGCAUCUCGUUCCCACAUAAUUGUACUGGCCCGACGAGGAUUUAUCAAAAGCACGCGCAUGCCCGCCAUAUAAAGGAUUUUCGAAGGAUUUUCUUCAACCGGAUCCCGUCCCCACUGGUCGAGCCUGGUCGGGAGAAGAAGUACGUUAAGCGCAUUUGCGUCUCCAUCGAGCUGCCACGAUCAUGGCGGGGGUUGGUUAAGAUCCCGGAAGCCGUGCUCUCCGCGACCGUGAGACUGUCAGGGUUAUUUCUGACCUGUUUGCGGCCUUCCUGCGGUAUAUUUUGAGCCCCGCACCGUAUUAGAUCGAGGAUACUUGCAGCAUGCGACGGUUACACUUCCCGAUAUAUCCUUAUUAAGAAGCAGAAGAAGUUCUUCCCCUUGUGCGCAGGGACCCAAGACGUUGUAUUCAGAGUGGUCGGAUUUUGUGCGAACAAUCACUAACAGUAAGGUGAUACCAGACACGACAGAGGUGUGAGAAUGACCAGCCAUGACUCAUUUUUGACCGUCAACCUGCAGCAAUGAACCGACGUUUAAUGGGACUUGGGUUUUAAUCCCAUACAUUCCUUUGUGUCACAGUAGGUAGUCUUUAUACCUUCUUGCAUCUGGUUGUGGCCUUCGCAACUUCUCUGUCCUCGCCAACGCGCCAGUCCAUUAGACAUUCAGCCAGUUCCAAUUUUUAAAUGAGGAAAAAGAACCUUCCGAAUGCCAAAAAAUACACUUUUAACCUGUAGUAAACGUCUGCGCACACGAACUCCAUGCGGUACUGGUUUACUAAGCAUUAGGAUCGAGUAAUUGUCUUUAACUGAAAAACAAUUUUAACCCAGACAAGAGUGGCAGGGAUGGAUUUUUUGAUUAAUUUUCCCUCGAGUACCAGUUAACUCAAUUCCACCAGGGAGAGCCUUCGAUGUGAGUUCAUGAUCUGUCAGUCCUUGGACUCAAGACUGUGUUAGUCACGACAUGAGCUCCUGUUCGGAUGGCUUCCGUCGAGAAAAAAAUAAAUUAAAGUUGGUCCGAAUCCAACACUCUAACUUUACUGUAGGACCGCAUAUGAACAUUGAAAUACAUUGGUGACAGCCCACGGGAUUCGAAAGCAGAGCCCAGGACAAAACGGCACACCCAUAUGUCGUCCCGCAAACCGGCCAGAUCUGCAGACGCAGGGGAGUUUGGCCAAAUAGGUCUGUUGAAAAUAUCCUUCACGCAAUUGAAAACCACAAUUUCACGAUAACCCCAUAAAACAAGCGGCAACGGUAGGGUUUAGGACCCCCAGCAACCUGAGGUAGCCUGUGAACCGUGUAAUACGUUGAAUGAUGGUAGGGAGAUUUUUACGGGAGUGGCGACGCCAGGACGAAUAGCGGGCAGAAUGCCUGCCGAAAGUCUAAUCGUAUGCCGUAACAUGGCAAAGAAAGUGAGUGCGGUGAUUUUAAAAGAAUUGACAAAAAACAAUUUUCGUAAAAUAACGAACUUUAAGUAAGCAGCUGAUGGCAAGUUUACAUUCAGUCAGACAGUUAAGGGUAUUUAAGCAAAACGAAUGGCGGAUAAUAAGUCAUGUGUACAGUCACACGGAAUUGGAGUUUCCUGCUACGUGGGGUCCCACACCCUACCGUUAUCGAAUAAGCGCUUAAAUCAGUAAAAAGUUAUUGAGAAACAAUGGAAAACGCCACUAUGACAAGACAAAUAAGGUUGGGACCGGUUGUUUUCUAAACUGAUAUCUAAAAUGAUCUUCAUUUGACACCACCUAACCGCACACUUUCAGAUCUCCAGCCUUCGACGAGAAGAUUACGAAGUCUGCUACCCCGUGUCGGAGUACGAGGACCUGCAACAGCGAAAUACACAUGCUAAUACGAUUAAGUAUCGUGGACAUCAGUAUCCGGCUGCAUGGAUGAUCAUGGCCAGUGGCCUGAGCAAAGUGAGUCAACUGUUUGCUCUUUAACUGACCCACGUAAGACGGUCUCCAGAUGGUCGUCUUCCGCAAAUUAGACUCCUGCGGCAAAUUGUUGACACAAAGAGGUCGUAAAAUUGCACUUUUAGGCGGUCCAUAGGUGUUUUGAACUCGCGUCGUCUGGUGAGACCUUCUUGCGCAGGUGGCUAGCACGUUGGCUGUACCAUAGCCUUCCUCUUACUGUUGUGGGUUCGAAUCCCACCGAGGCACCGAGUUUUUCACAAUAGAUGAAGACGAUGUGCCAUAUAUUGCGUCCUGAGGACCAGCAUAUUCCAUUCGUGUCAGCAGCGACAGAGAGGGUACAUUUACUUCAAGCUGUCAGGUUAGCACACUAACGCGUCUACCCCCGCAACGGCCUACGGUGAAGGUGUGUUGGCCUACAACGGGAGCCAAAAUGGUUUUUAACAUGUGGUUAUCGGGCUUCCCUAGGUAUAUGCGUCCGGUUUUCCUUACACAGAGGCUUCCACAAGUCAUCCACCAUUAGAUACCAGUCUCAUCAUCAGUUGGUUGAGACUCAGACACUAUGAAAUCCAUUUCUACAAAAAACUACCACAUUCCUCGCCAGAGUAAAUCCGAUGGGCCUGAAUCUAUCACUAAGCCUUAAAAGUUGUGCCUAGGUUUCUUGAGUUCGGCUUACUAUCGAAGAAAAGUAAGUGCAAAAGGAGAGAAUAAGAUAGUUGCACCGAAAGUCUGCUUUCAUAGAGGGACGCUAACCGAUCGUGGUACGGAACUCACUCGUCCCAUUGGGUCUUACGGGCGCUCUCUCCCUCGAGCCCAACGGGCAGCUGCACAGCGAAGCAUAAUAUAUACAGAGUAGAAUUACCGACAAAGACAUGGGAGACUGAAGUGGUCAUUUCUGGUUUAGUAGUCUUCGUCAGCCAGUCAUACCCAAUCCCGAAGUGUGGAACGCCUGGGGCUCGAUCCCGUGAUGUGUGCGACCCGUUCCCUAGAAGUUAGACGCUUCAGAGAGAGAUAGAGCCCCAAGGCACAGCAGGACGAGUGAGUUCCGUAACACGAUCGGUGAACACCCCUCCACCCGUUCGCAACCGACAGAACAAUGAGCCCGUCGCUCAGUGGUUAGAGGCGUCGGACUUCUAACCAACAAGUCGAGGGAGCGAGCCUUAGGUGUUCCACAGUUCGGGGUUGGCUAUAACUGGCUGACAACAGCCAAUAAGCCAGAGAUGGCCAUUCCAGUCUCCCUUAUCUUUGUCGGUUAUGUCAUUCUUCCCAAAGUCUGCUUUCCCAUAAACACGGCCACAGGCAAUUCAUUUCUACGCCCACCUCAUGAGGCUUCCGUGAAGGUCGUCGCUCGUGAUCGUCGAACUGCCAGCUCUGAAUUGUUGAAGUUGUUUUUGAACUUGAUGCUGGCGCGAGUUAUUGUUGCGAGUUAUUGUUAUCUUGCCUUUCAGUAUUCCAACACAGCAGCGGAAGAAGAUCAGAUUAAGUACACCCACGUGGACGUAGCAUCCUCGGUUGGAGUCCACAAUUCCGAGGCCACGGGAAACCCUACUACCAUGUUUUUGAGCACCUACGUCCUGCCCGAAAUCCUCAAUGAAACCUCCUAG